UAUGUCUGCAAAAAUCUCCUACCAAAAUUCGAAGUUAUAUAUAAGAAUGAAGCACUCUAGCCAUGAGCAUGAGCUGAUCCUGAAUGAGAUAUAUAUUGCUAGGGAUGGUGAUUUGUGUCGCGGUUGCAGUGAACAAAUAUUCUCAUACAAUUCAUUUGUUUAUAGUUGCAGCAGGAUCACCGGCGCGGGCACUAGUACUGAUGCUAGUGCAGAUAAUAAUUCAUGUGCCAGUUUUUUACUACACAAAAACUGUGCAGAAUUACCAGAACGUAUUCAAAAUCCAGCCAAUCCAAAAGAGCUUCUACACCUCUGUGUCGAUUAUUCCUUCAGUAAGUAUUUACGGUUUCUUGAACUUACUAGUUUUAAUAUAGAAUGUGACAUCUGUGACAGGAAUAUAUCAUGGAGUCCAAAACAGUUCUUCUAUUACAGAAGAAAUGAGAACAGAAUCACUUUUGAUGGUUAUGUUUGCCUCAAUUGUGUUAUGUUCCGAACUCAGAUGUCCUUGGAGGACCGCAAAUUUAGGCAUCCGUCUCACUAUCAACAUAUGGUAUCCUUAAUUCAGCAGCCAUCGUCGUUCAAAUGUCAUGCUUGCAAUGUGGAUGAUAAUAUCAAACACAUGUCUUAUAGAUGCACCAGAUGUCAGUUUUGGGUGCACAAGAGCUGUGCUGAAGCUCCGCGCACUUUCCAAUUCCGAUUUCACGAUGAGCAUCCUUUAAUUCUCUCAUUAUCUCUUCCGCAAGUUUAUCGCAAAUUUGAACAGUAUUGCGGACUCUGUAAUAAAAAAUUGAGUCGACUAGUUUGGAUUUAUUAUUGCCCCAAGUGCAGGUUCUUCACUCAUUUCCAAUGUGCUAGAUCCUUCAAAGGUAUUCUUGAUGAUGGCGAAAAUGAAAAUUAUGAUUCAGAGGUGGAACAACUACCAGCACCUGAUGAGUUAUCAGUAACAUUACUACGGGAGAAAUUUAUCAAGGCCAAGAGUACUCAAAACAACAAUGCUAGCAUCUUGAGCUCAGGAAAUGAAAUUCAACAUUGGACCCACAAGGAACAUCCCUUGCAACUCAUUAAUGUUAAUGAGCUUAAAAAUAAGCAAGAUGAUGAAUUAUCAUUGUUAUGCGAUGGCUGCAUACAAUCCAUCCGGACUGAUGAAGGUCAAAUCUAUGGUUGUGUUAGUUGUAAUUUUUUUAUGCAUAAGUUCUGUGCUGAAUUGCCAAAAAGGAUCAAGGUCAACAUUGGUAGAGCCGGAUUAUACGCCAAUGCAAAUAAGCACAGCGAACCAUACAAAUUGUUUUACUGUCGUGGUUGUGGAGAAGGGUGCAAUGGGAUAUUCUUCAAGCUUGGGGGUUUCAAUUUUCAUAUUGGAUGUGUUACAUUACCCAAAAUGAUCAAACAUGAAGCUCACCGUCACAAACUGAAACGAGUCCUAGUUCGUGAGCCUAAAGAUUGCAAAGCAUGUUACAAGCUAAUACUAAUGAAGGUUAGCCACAAGUGUGAACAAUGUGAUUACCAUAUAUGUGGUUCUUGUAUCAUGAAACCGAGUUUAGUUAAACAUCCAUGGGAUCCUCAUCACCCUCUUCAGUUGAUAUAUAAACCAAGCAUGGUCAGCGAUCAUGUGCAUGAUUUCAAUUGUGAGUUCUGCUCGAAAGAUAUAGACACAAACUACUGGUUCUACCAUUGCCGUGCUUGUGAUAUUUCAUUUCAUCUCUUCAGAUGUUUUGAAAAUUCAAGUCAUCGCAGCUACUUAAAUGUUAAGUUUGGAGCAACGGGCAUUGUCAUCGACAAGCUUCAUCCUCACAGUCUCACAUUUGUUUUAAACAAAAAGGUCCGUGUGUGUGAAAAAUGUCAGAAGAAACAGCUUGGUGAGCCAGUCCUUGAAUGUGCCGGACCAUGUAGAUCUAUAUUCUGUAUAAGCUGUGCUGAAAUGCAGUAGUCUGUCACAUGACACUUCGAUUCACUAUCAGUUUGUAUUCAAUUGUCUCUCUAUCCGGCCUCAUGCAGCCUGUUCUGAUCACUUACUUGAUAAUUAAUAUGAAUUAUGAGAUUCUGUUUCUUCAAU